AUGAGCAUAUACGACCGUGUUCCACUUGACAUCGAUGCCCUUGACCGACUUUUUGAUAUCCGGGACAAAGCUCUAGAUGUGAAGAAAGAUUUGACCGACUAUACCAGUGAUGACGCCUCCAAAAUGAAUACAAGGAACGAAGGUCUAAAAUCUAUCUCGACUGUCAUGAAAAUGGUCGACUACGUGUUCAACUAUCGGUUUUGUUAUGUUGGAUUUGAGACCGAUCUUGUCAAGAUUCAAACCUGCUUAUCUGAUGCUGAAUACUAUCUCAGUUUUCUCUACCGGUGA